UUGCAAGGAGGAAGAGGUGCACCACACUAGCAAGUAUUGUUCUUAAAUGAAGAUGCCGGGAUAUUGGCUUUGUGUGGAGGAAUCAUUCCGCAUAGUCUGUUAGCCGAAACAUCAAACUCCUUGAGUCUCGUCAAAAUCAACACAUUGCAGUGUCUGAAGUUUUUUCAAAUUCUCAAAACUUGGAGGGAUUCUGCCAACAAAACUGUUGUUGGAGAAGAAGAUGGAAGAGUGAAAAGAUGACCAAUUGUUGCAGCCUUGCAGGCGGGUUACCGGAGAGAUUGUUGUUCUCAAGGAUUAAGAUUUUGAUCUUUGGGAGCAGACAGAUGGACAGUGGCAAACUACCUGUCAGCGUGUUCUCUGAUAACAGGCAGAACUGCAGAGAACGCAAUCUGGCAAUGGAGGAAGGGAUGCCACCAGAAAUUUGGUGCUUGAACGUUGUUGGAAUUGGCCCUGUGAGCUUGUUUAACCCAAGGAAAAGGUCCAGAUGCUGGAGAAAGGCAAGAUUCCCAAGUGAGGGAGAUAAAGUUCCCAACAUCCAUGUGUCAAUAGGGAAAGGGGAGUUAGCAAAAUUGCCUGGACGGGUAACAUUGAUGACUCAGCCAGAAGAAAUAUCUCACCCGACACCUUCCCAGCUGCAGCAAUCAGUGGAAGAAUUCCAUGAUUUCAGCAGUCCAGAAGGGUCAGAGGUGAUCUUAGCCUUGAAUCCAAGCAAUGCUGCUUUCAUGCCGGCGUGGCAUGUGUCUCCGGAGGCUGGUGGUGCAAAGGAAAGUGACAAUAAAGCAGGAUUAGGAGAGUAAAGGCUUUGUUAUGAAGUGAAAUCUCCAUUAGUGGUUUUGUGGUCAGGCCUUGGAAUUUUGGUGAAUAUAAAGAGGGUGGUGGGGAGUAAGACGGUUCACAGUGAAACAGCUAAGCAAUGUGCGUUUACUAUUACGGCCAUAUUCCAAAUCAGAGACUCAAAAUCAAAAAAUUAUAUGAGC